AUGGGCUGCUUCCAUUCAAAGGUAGCAAGAGAAUUUCGAGGACACGAAGACCCUGUUAAGCUUGCCUCCGAGACUGCCUUUAGUGUGAGUGAGGUUGAAGCAUUGUUUGAGCUGUUCAAGAGCAUAAGCAGUUCGGUUGUUGAUGAUGGUUUGAUAAACAAGGAGGAGUUUCAACUUGCAUUGUUCAAAAGCCGUAAGAGGGAGAAUAUAUUUGCUAAUAGGAUAUUCGAUAUGUUUGAUGUUAAACGAAAAGGAGUAAUCGAUUUUGGGGACUUUGUUAGAUCACUCAAUGUUUUCCACCCAAAUGCUUCUUUAGAAGACAAAAUAGAUUUUACGUUUAGGCUUUACGACAUGGACUGCACGGGUUUCAUUGAACGCCAAGAGGUUAAGCAAAUGUUGAUCGCCCUUCUCUGCGAAUCUGAAAUGAAAUUGGCUGAUGAAACCAUUGAGAUAAUACUCGAUAAGACAUUUGAAGACGCAGACGUGAAUCAAGAUGGAAAGAUUGAUAAAUUCGAGUGGAGCGAUUUCGUGAACAAAAAUCCAUCAUUGCUUAAGAUCAUGACACUCCCAUAUCUCAGGGAUAUAACGACUACAUUUCCGAGCUUUGUCUUCAAUUCGGAGGUCGAUGAGAUUGCCACAUGA